GCGUAGGUCGCCGUACUUAGGUGUGUAAUAUUUUCAGCUCUUCGAGAGCACACACAGCUUACUCACACGCCGCAACAACGAGUCAGUUACAAGCCGGAUUAUUGUACAGCAGUCGCGAGGGUGUUUAUUGCUCUUUAUUGAAAAGUUCGGGACGCCGGUUAUUUGACGGGAGCUACGGCGAGCAUCGUGAAUCGUAACAAGCUGCGAAAGGACGAGUGCAAUUUCGGAGCAGGCCGGCGUUGACGCAUCUCUUCCUGGGGGACUCGACGUCACCGUUGAGGCCUGUUGGUUGAGGCCAAAGAAAAGGUCAUCUGUGCAGGAGGAUGCAGCAUCAGCAGCCGCAACGCGUGAAGAAAAACCUGCAGUGACCAGCCGAACGUGACUCCCUUUCUAUUAGAAGCGCAAUAAAAUUUUCGUGUGAUUUUUACCCCUGUCCUGCGAUGAUGAACAACGGCUUCAGUACUGGUGAGGAGGACUCCAGAGGAGCAGCUGACCAGGUGUGCUGUCUCUUCGACGAUGGCACGAGAUGCACCAGAUCAGCAGGCAACGCCAGCUAUAGUAAAAGAAUACAAAAAACCGUGACUGGGAGGCGGCUCAAGCUUAAUCUCGACACCCAGGCAAGGCACAUAUACAUCUGUGAUUACCACAAGCAAGUAAUCCAAUGUGCUCGAACAAAGCAGCAAACGCAAAGGCGAACUAAGGAAUCGGAGGAAGAUUCUGGCGAAACAGAUUCUACUGAUAUUCCUGAAGUUGAUCUGUAUCAAUUGCAAGUCGGUACUUUAAGACGAUAUAAAAAACACUUUCGGAUAUCCACAAAGCCAGGCAUAAACAAGGCUCAGUUGGCAGAUAUCUUAAUGAAGCACUUCAAACAAAUCCAAGUUGUUGAAAAGGACACCUUGGGCCUCUUUUUCUAUUCAGUCAAAACCAAUCAAAACAAACUAGAUCAAAGAAAUGGCAUGAGUAAUGAUACGACGUAGCCUAAGAUUUAAUUUGAAACAUGACUGUGAAUGUCGAAUAAUUUAGUGAUAUUUAAAAAAAUUUAUAUUCGAAUUUUUACAUGUUGAUAAGGUUAGAUAUCUUUAAGGAUAAUUGUAAUUAAGAAGAGAAAAAAAAUUAUUAUGUGU